CUAAGUCUCAAUUCUAGUUCAUCUCUCUCUCUCUCUCUCUCAAUGGCACUUGCUAAGUACCGUAUGGGUUCGGUUCAGACUUGUGCCUAUAAUGAAAACGUGACGGUGGAUCUUUAUGGCUUUGAUGAUGAGAACCAAAAGAAGAUGGUCCUUGAAGAAGGGGAAAGCAGCAAUUGCUUCGACAAGACUAAUAAUGGGCUGACCAUCAAGAAUUUAGCCGUGAGACAUUCUUCUUCUUCUCUUGGCAGUCCAAGCAGUGCGAAUUCUAAUGAAUUAAUUUUUCAUUCCACAAGCCAUCAAACUGAGGAAGCUCAUUCUUUGAUCAAUUUUCGCAGCGGGUACGAUCAUUUCGUACAUGCUAAUGGAUCUUUGCUUAGCUUCCAGCAGAACAAUCCACAGGCUACUAGUCACCAAGACGACUACACAACUUGGGAAGGGAACUUCAAUUACAAUUACCACCGGAAUCAGAUGAAUCCAAAGUGUAACACGGAUCCUCGUUUGUUGGAAGAAAUCAACUGCUUUCAAACAGCUAGCAACUUCAAUUCCAUGGCCAAUACUGAAACGGAAAAUCAUGGGGAUUGGUUAUACUCUGAAGGGACUAUAGCUACAGAUGUCGUCCAAGAGUCUGGUACACAAGAUGUAAACUUCCAUAAGCGUCCUAAUUUGGGAGAGAGUAUGCAGGCUCUGAAGAAGCCAUGCAAUGGUGCAACCAGGAAGCCAAAACCUAAGUCUUCUCCAUCCAAGGACCCGCAGAGUAUUGCAGCAAAGAAUCGACGAGAGCGGAUUAGCGAGAGGCUUAAAGUAUUGCAGGAACUGGUGCCUAAUGGUUCAAAGGUUGAUUUGGUUACCAUGUUAGAGAAAGCCAUUAGUUAUGUCAAGUUUCUACAGCUGCAAGUAAAGGUGUUGGCAACCGAUGAAUUUUGGCCGGCCCAAGGUGGGAAAGCACCUGAUAUAUCCCAGGUAAAGGAAGCCAUUGAUGCCAUCCUUUCAUCUCAGAAAGACAGGAAUUCCAGCUCAAGCUCAAAGUGAUUAAUGCUUUAUAAUUAGCCAAGAAGAUGAAGAAGAAGAAAAUAUGUAACAAUAUAUUGUGAAGACAACUUCUCAGGCAAAGAAUAAGCUUUGUUUUGGAAGCUUACUUUUAGAAGUUAGCAAAGAUAAUUGUUGGAUUAACCGAGAAAGGAAAUCCGAAUACCUAACAAUAAUAUUUUUGUUACGUUUUCUUCAUAAGAUCUUGUAAUGAAAUUACAUUCUAUAUUUUCCUGAUGUAAUGAAUUGAGUGUACUAAGACAACAAAAAAACUUGUAAUGAUU